CUUGAUUUCACUUCUUAAUUAAUUCCACUCGGUCAAUCAUUACAUUCGUGUUAUACCUUGUCCUUUGAUCGAGAACCACCACACAAACCACGCAACACACCAAAAUGUCCUACCACCGCUCAACCUCCUACACCACCACCACCACCUCCUCCUCCUCCUUCUCCAACACCACCAACCCCAACCCCACAACCAACACAUUCAACACCUUCACCACUCUCUCCACCCUCUCCUCCUCCCCCAACAAUAACAACACCCCCACAACAACCGGCCACCGCUCCGCCCAUACCACACACACCAACCCCGAAGGCACAACGACCAUCCGCUCCGGAUACCAGAAUCUCGGCGAAGAUCCGAUUUUCCAAGAACGGAGGGUGGAUUCGGCGGGGCGGGAGUAUGCGUUGUCGGAUGUGCAGGGGGGGACGAGGAUGGUGAGGGAUGUUGAGGGUGAUGAGGGUGAUGAGGGGGGUGGGGAGGAUUUUUCUGAUUAG